UUGCAGAUUCUUGAGCCGAAGAUCGCCGCCCAGACCAAAGGCGAUCCCAACUACGAUCAGAAAAUUGCUCUCAUCGGCUGUGGCCCAGCAAGCAUCUCCUGCGCCAACUUUUUGGCGCGUCUCGGCUACCGAAAUGUGCACAUCUUUGAGAAGUCCACAAAGGAGGGCGGCUUGAGCAUGGGCGAAAUUCCACAGUUCCGACUACCCGAAGCCGCUGUCAACUUUGAACUGCAAAUGAUGAAAGACCUUGGCGUGAAGGUGUUCACUGAGCACCCCUUUACCACAGAAGAUACCGCCAAUGCGGUCACGAUCCAGAAACUUCGCGACCAAGGCUACAAGGCCAUCUUUCUGGGAUUGGGAUUCCCCAACGCUCACUCGAUCUCCGUCUUCGAAGGUCUCACGCCCGCAAACGGAUACCUCACCUCCAAAGAUUUCCUUCCAAAGGUCUGUGCCGCCUCAAAGACCUGUUCUGCCAAGAGU